GGGAAACACGAGAAGACCGAAGUGGCGGCGCGUUGGGUGAAGCGAUGCGGAAUUGCUGUUCGGCCACAGCCUCUCUCUUCCUCCUCCCUCUUCGCACCAGCAAGGUGCGACCACCGCCAUCAGCCGCAGCGACGACGACGAACAGUUCAGAAAGUAUACCUCCCUAGCGCUCUAAUACCCCUCUUCAACCCGACCCCUCCUUACUUUACCCGACAAUGAGAGCCUUCGUCCCCUCGCGGGCCGUCCUAGCCAUCCUCGCCUUCGCUGCCCUCACCGUGCUCGCACACGACGCAGAUCCCCCAUCACGACAUCCUAGACAACUCCUCGGGGGCGUUACCGAGACAGACACCAGCAGCACAGACACGAACACAAAGACGACAGCCACCUCGACCACAGCUGCUGCGACGACGACGACCUCUGCACAGAACACGCAGACCACGACCGCCAAUACCCAGACCACAACAUCCGCCGCCAACACCCAGACCACGAACACUGCCAACACUAACACAAACACAAACACCCAAACUACCCAGACCACCGCGGCACAGACGACCACAUCUGCCAACCAGCCGUCGAAUACCCAGACUACGCAGGCGACUACCAAGGCCUCAACAAAUGCUCCCCCCCAGGCCACCACUUCGUCCUCCCAGGUCAUUACUACAAAUGCUGAGGGCCAAACAGAAACGUCUGUAGUUAUCGUCACGUACACACCAUCGGCUUCCUCGUCGUCUGCAUCAUCCAGUUCUACCGCCGCCUCGGAUAACAGCGGCAGUGGUAGCUCUGGCACGUCCACGUCCACCAUCAUCGGUCUUUCCGUUGCAGGCGGAGUCGCGCUCAUCGGAGUGAUUGCGUUCUUCGUCUGGAAGUUCACCCACAAACGUUUCUCUGAUCUCGACGACAACGAAGCCAUCAAAUGGCCGGAACUGAACGCUCACAACGACGACUACCCACUACCCGCCGCACGCGCCCCCUACGCCGACUCGACGACCGACCUCGGUCGCGCUAACUCUCGUGGUGGCGCUUACGCCCCUUCCAUUGGCGCCACAUCCACCAGCGAACUCUACCCCGCCAGCGCCUCCACCGACCCUUACGCCGUCCCACCGCUCCCCCACCUCAACCCGAACCAACCCGCACACGUCCAACCCUACAUGGACGACCCAUCAGCCGCGUUCUACGACCCCUACCGAGGCCCCGUACCGCAGACGUUCAACGAUCCUAAUCAGGUAGUUGCGAUGGGCGGUAUACCAGGGGAGGCGAUUCCCAUGACACAGUUGGGAGCAGGAGCGAUGGCAAUGGGUGGGAUGCCAAAUGGUGGAAGGAAUUCGCCAGGUCCGGGGAUGAUGGCGGGUAGGAGGAGUCCCGGGCCUCAGGCACCGUUUGCUUUCGGUGAAGGAGGUGGAAGCAUCAGGACGGCGAGCCCGGCGCCGCCGGCGUAUGGUGGUGUCGACAGGGCCAGGAGUCCUGGGCCAGCGGCGGCAUAUGGUCCUCGGUAGUGUUCGGUAGUGGUUGUGUGUGUUUGAGACGGAGCGGUGAUGCCGGAUCGGGUAAUUCGUCUGAUGGGUGGUUGAUGGGUCUUGGCGUGGGGGUUUGAGAUGCGUUGGGAGCCGUUGGGAUCUGAAAGAGGAUGGAGGUUUCCGUUUGUGGCCGUGGGAUUGUUCUGAUGGAUGGACGGACGGACUGGAUGGACUGGUAGAGUCGUAGCUGUUGGAAGGCUCAAGUUCCAUACCCGAGGUUCUUCGUUGAGUGCAGAACGCCGGCGUUGUUUUGUCUUUCGUUUUUCUAUCAUUUCGGUCGCCAUCAUUUCCAUCCCAUUAUUAUCUGGACUCAUCAGGAGCCAUAUUCCGUCCCACCGAUCACGUUCGUCGUCCCCGCAAGCUUUCAGUCAUCUUCCCCUACAAGAAGUUCAUUUUUUGGUGUUCACUGUCUGCCCGCUGUCACUUGUCAUCCUCGGAAAGCUAAUGGUCGUAUCCAACUUAUUCGCUAUUCAUGUUCAUUGUUUGUCGUUCGUCAAGUUAUUAUAUAGUCCUUUUUUUUUUUUUUUCGUUUGAGUCCUUCGUUUCAAUUCAGUUUCCUCCCGUCAAUCUACUGUUUUCCGUCUCUUGUCUCCGUACGUUCGUUAUCCUAUCACCGUUUUAUCAUCACUCUCAACCAUCAUGAUCUAUAACAUCCAUUUCAUCUUUCAUUCUUCGUUCAGCGUUCAACACCUUCAAUCAUCGCCGCCCGCGCUCACGGUAACAAUCCAGUCCGACUCCAGUCCAGUCCAGUCCAGUCCAACCCCCUCACAUCACGUCGCCACGCCACGCCUCUCCUUCCUCCUUCCUUUUUUUCUCCCGCUUCCGUUUCGUACUCUCGCAUCAUCAUCGUCCCCACCACCAUCGCCC